CAGCCAUGGAGGAAGCAUCGGCGUCCUCCGCGGCCCCCGGCCCGGAGGUGGCGCCCUCGGGUCCACCCCCGGCGCCCUCACCGCUCUCCGGAGGCUAUCUGCUGAUCAUCCUGGGCGAGCCCCACUGCGACGAGCACAAGGACAUCAUCCUGCAGCGCCUUGCUAAAGGAUUCUUAUCAUGGGACACGGACGUGUGCCACGUCGACUUAGAAAAGGAGCUAAUUCAUCUAGCUGCGCAAAAACCUGACGGAGAAGAGUCGAAGAAUGGGGAGCGACUAAUUCAGUUUGCUUCCGAGAGCCUAGUGACUGAAGUUUUGAUUCAACCACAGACAACCACAUUAAUACAAUGUGCCAGGAAUUUGUUGUCAAGUUUCACAAGGCACAGGCACAUCAUUCACGCCGGGUAUACAUUUGCUGGAAAUGGUUCCUGGGCACUUCAAGACGGAACCUUUUCGCUUUUGGAUUUUUUGGAUGCUUUGCGAGAGCCCGAGCCGCAGAGGGUUAUCAGAGCUUACGAAAACAACGUUUCUAUCGACAUACAGUGCUCAGCUGAGGGCGAAUGGAGCACUGCCAAAAUCUCCAAAGAACCUGGAACCAAGGGUUGCAUAGUUAGGGUUAACCCUGACGAUAAGAUGACCGCAGGAAGCCCAGGCAUAACCCAGUUUGUUGAGUACAUCUCAAAAUUUUUGACUCCAGCCGGCAUAGAAGAGUUGCUUGAGCCUUCAGACGUGGUUGGGAACAUCCGAUUCAGUCACCCAACCCUCUACGUCUUUCCCGGAGGACAAGGUGACGCUGCCCUUUUCGGCAUCAAUGGCUUCAACAUGCUGGUGGACGGCGGAUACAGCCGAAAAUCGUGCUUUUGGGAUUUCACAAGGCACCUCGAUAGACUAGACGCUGUGAUGGUCACAAGAAUUAACAACAGCAAUAUUGGAGGAAUCGCCUCCGUGUUAAAAAGGAAAACUCUUGGAUACGUAUAUCCCCAAAUCGGGCACUUCUUUUGCAACAUGCUGGAGCGCAGGUCGCUUCCCUCGCCCGACGGUGAUAAAGACAGAGAUCCUCUUCUGCUUGAUCUGCUUGAAGAGGGGCAUUCGCUCAUCUCAAACCUUCGCACGCUUGAAUUAAAGCCACACCCCUGCUACAGGGAAUCUGUGAUUGAUCCAAUUAAUUUGUACCACAAAGUUGGUCACGGGAAAUUGGAUAUGUAUGUACUAAGCCCUGCUAAAGACUCAAAAGAAGUCAAAGAGUUCCUUGCUAAAUGGUCAACUAACGACCAAAAAUUAUUUACAUCGAGAACUUCAAAGCUGGAUUUUCAAUUUCCACUUUACAAUCAAACUUCCAUCUGCGCACUUUUGGUGUGGCAGCCUGCAAAUCCGACUGACACGAUCACUAGGAUUUUGUUUCCUGGAAGUACACCACAACACAAAAUUUUUGAGGGCUUAGAAAAAAUCAAGCAUUUAGAAUUUUUGAAGUAUCCGACGUGCACAGCAAAGUCAAUGGCAGUAACAACAACAAAAACCAAAUCCAAAAUCUUGGAAAAACCAGUAAUUGAAAGCAAAUCCAGAAAAAUUUUGCAGCAAAUUGAAAAGCCAAUUCCUGCGGAAUCAAAAUCAAAGCAACUUGAAGCAGAAAAAAAUAUUAAAAAUCACUUGGCCGCACAGAAGUCAGACAAAAGGUCAGUGGGAAAAUCUGAAGACAAAAAAGACUCGCCACCGACUCCAAAGAAAACAGCAGAAGGAAAGCCAAGAGUGGAAAAAAUAAAGAGGGCAAAAUCACCGACACCUACUCCUGCAAAGAGCGACAAAGAAGCCAAUAACAGAAAGGUACUUGAAUCAAAAAUAGAAAGAACUAAAGCACCGGCAGUCAAAUCGGCAUCAAAACGUGAUCCACCAAAGGAAGUAAAAACUGUUGCUGAAAAGAAAGCUCCGAUCAAAAAAAUUAAGCCACCUACUGCAGCAAAACCUUCACCACCUGUUUCACCCAAGAAGCAACUGAAACCAAAAUCUAGUCCAAAAAAGAUUAUUAAGAAAGAUGUGAAAACCAGUGUUAAGAAAAUUGAAAGAGUAAAAACCAAGGAAUCAAACACAUCUGCUGUGUCUGAGAAACCGACAGAGACGAAGGUUUCAAAAGAAGUAGUUGCAACACACCACGUUGAAAUUGAGGCAGCUGAUGACGUUCUCACAGCAACAAUUGUCAAAGAUUCUGAGGCUAUAGAUGAUGCCCAAGCGGAGACUGCAGAGACUGAAGUCCCCAGCGGUCUAGAGAGUCAAGCAGAAGAUGUGACUGAGGAAGAUAUUUUGUCUGAGAAGCAGGGUGAUGCAGAAGAAAAAGUUUCAGAGACUGAUGGAGACGUUGAUACUCAAAUAGACGAAGAAUUAAUUACAGACGACGGGGAGAAUAAACAUAUCCGAGAUGAGGAGGAAUCUGAAAAGGAGAGAGCUAAGAAGGACGCUGAAACAGCUGAGACAGACAAAAACGAAUAUGAUAAUGUCGAGGAAAGUACAGAAAAAGAAGAGAAACCAGAGGAAGAGAUUGAAGUUGAGGUAGAGGCGCAGAUUGAGGUACAUGAAGAAAUACAAGCCACACCUGAGGAUCAAAGUGCGGACGAGGAAAAGGAGACAGAGGUUGAGGAAGUGAUCGAAAUUGAGGAAGAAAAGAGCAAUGAACUAGGAAUGGAACCGAAAGCAGAAGAGAAAGUUCAUAAAACUGAAGAUACCAAGACAAAUGCAGCAGAAGCUGCUUCUGCAGAAGAAAAGCCAAUGCAAAUCGAUGAAGAUGAGCAAAUUCAAAACAAAGAAAUUGUGUCGGAAAGCAUCGCCAAUGCUGUGGAGCAGCUUGAUGCACAGCAAGUUAUUCUAGAUACGAAGGAGAGCGAACUGAAAGAAGUUCCAGGCAUUGAGGUCUCCAAAGUGACUGCGACGUACGGUACCGAGAACGCAGAUGAAGCAGUAACCGACCAAGAAGUCGGAGAUUCUGAAAUUUUGGGCAAUGAAACUGAACAAAAAGUUAGCAGCGAUGUUUUAGAAGAAAAUGUGGAUUUCCCAGAUGAAGGAAAAAAAGACCUGACUUUUGUUGAAACUGGAAAAAAAUCAUCCCCACCAGACGACGUGUCUGUGGAAAAACAAACACAACCUGAAAACAUAGAUCAUUCGGAACCAGCGGAAGAAACAACAUCUGAUAAAAAGGAUUAUGCAGAAGAACUGUGCAAUGUAGUUCAAACUUUUGAAAUACAGGCAAAUUCCGAAAAUAUCGAACGCGAGGGAAAUAAAAUAAGCGAGGAAACAAAACAAAAAAUUGAAGGAGAGGUGAAGGAAAUAAUUACGUCAGCGCAAUCAAAGAUAGCAGAGGAUGAUGCCGUUAUGGACAAAAUGAACGAUUCCGACAUUCAUCAAUCUAGUCCAGACAAAGAUGUUAUUGCAUUAGAUGGUCAAGCUGACACAUCAACUGAUAAACAAAAAGAAGAAUCUCCUCAGGAGGACAAAAAAGAAAUUAAACCUGAGGAGGGGACGACAACAAAAAGCCAUCCCGAUGAAAAGCUAUCUGCAAUGGAAACUUCAGCAACCACAGCUCCGUCUAUGCCAGAAGAUGAGAAAAUAGAUGAUAAAAUUAUUUUAGACGAGAUUAAAGAGGAGAAGUUGGAAAUAGAGAGAGCUGAAAUCGCCGACCAAAAAGAAAUUGCAGCUCCAAUCAUUGAGCCACUAAAAGCAAUAAAACUAGAACAAGCACAAUUGCAGCAUCACAGGGAUCUUGUUAAAACUCCAGACGAGGUUGCUGAUUUGCCCAUGCACGAGGAGGUUGACGCUUUGAUGUACGAGAGCGUGGACGAUAAGAAAUUGGUCCAGGAAGAGAAUAAAACGGUGCAAAAUGUGGAUGCUUCUCCAAAAAUAAGUCCAGAGUUAAUUGAAGAAGUUCAGAUCAAAAAAACCGAUAUGGGCAACUUGCCACAAACAGAUAUUGCUGGCAAAUCUGUUGAGUGUGUUGACAAAACACUGAGGGGAGAGUCUGGAGAAGGUGACGGAGAAGAAGAAACUUUGGAUUUAGAUGUUAAAAAAGAAAUAAUUGGGGAAAAAGAAAUGCAAAAGUCAUGUCUUGACGAGAAGGAGGUUGAUACUUCUUUGGAAGAAACAAAAGAUAAACUUAAAACCUCCGAGGAGCAGACAGAGGAAUGUCGACCAACAGAAUUAGCAAUUAAGGAAGAAGUUGACGCUGUACCUGUCGGUGAAUACCACAAAAUUGAUGAGGGAAUUGUAGAAGAUGAAAAGAAGGAUGCAGAGAAAAAAGCUUCAAUUGAAAUGGAAAAAACUAGUGGUGUCGUAAAGGGAAGCGAAUUGCCUUUCCAAACUGUUGAUGAAUGUGCUGUUGAUGCCUCAGUAAGUGCCCAAAUCGGAAUUGAAAUGAGUGAAUUCGAAAAAGUUAUAGAUGAGGAGUAUGGAAUUAAAAUAGAACAGGAUUUUCAAGAAAAAAAGCCCGCCGUGCUCAAAGAAGCUUUUCACGCUGAUGAAAAAGAGAAAGAAUCACCAAAAAGUGACAAAGAGGACAGCUCCAACAAUGAAAAAAGAGACGAGAUGGAACAGGGAAAAAAUAUAGACGAGGAGUCAAGAAAUAGAGACGCGUUUAUAGCGGACAUAGAUGAAAUUGGUUCAGAAGCUGUUGGACGACGGCUAUCACAAAGUGCGGAAGUAACGUCUACACAGGAAAAGCAUGUUCUAAAUGAUUGUGGUGAAAUUAAAAAGACCGUAGAUGAGACAAAAGGAAUUGAAGAAGAAAUAUCAUCAAAACCUGAAUUAGCAUCUCCAAGCAGGUCACCAGGUGUUGAUGCAAUUUCUGAUCAACACACAAGUCUUCCGCAAUCACCACAACCUGAAAUCAUUCAUGAGAGGGAUGAAAAGACACCAUCACCAGUUAAAGCUGCAUCCCCUUGUCUUGAGACAAAAGAGCCAUCAGAUACGCCAACAACAAUAGUACCCAAUAUUGAUUUUGAAAAAUCUAGGACAUCUUCCCCAAAAUUGACCGCUUCACGGCCUCAAUCAGCAGAACCAGAGUCUAAAGAGCUUUUGAGCUCGCAGGUAACAGACCCACCUAAGCAAGCCAGUAAGGAAAGCUCUCGGCCAGAGUCCACAGAGCCUUCGUUUGAUCCCACAGGACACACAGAGAGCGUAAAAGCAAGUAGCAUUAAUGACUUUACCAUUGAGCAAGCUACAAAAUUGGACUCAGCUACGCCACAACUAGAGACUACAACUGACUCGGUGAUUUCAGUAAAACCGAACAAAAUUGAUGACCAUGAUUCGUCACAGCCUACUGGAGGUGCGAUCGAGCCGGAAAGGGCUGAAUCUGUAGAGCUUUUAAAAAGUUCUAAUGAGCAAUCACGACCUGAAUCUUCCGAGCCAGCAAAAAUUGAACAGAGUAAUAUAGGCGUAGAAGCCUCAGAUCAUAAGAGUAUUGAAAGAACACAUCCUUCAAGACCUGGAUCUACUGAUUUACAAAAUGCAGCGGUUGUUCAAAAAGAAGAGUCGCGGCCUCCAUCAAAGGAGCCCAUCGAAGACAAUAUUAAUGAAUCAUCGUUAACGAAAUCUCCAGCCCCCGUGUUGGUGCAGCUGAAAGAUGGGUCCCGAUCGGAAUCACCUCAGUCUCUAAUGCUUUCUGGGGAACAAAAGAAAUCAGAUUCAGUGGUUUCAAAAGACACAUCACGACCUGAGUCAGCAGCAGAGCCUGCAAUCAAAGAGGUGACUCAAGGAGAAAAAGCCCUAAAAUCAGAUGAGCAUUCAAGACCACAAACAGCAGAGGGGGAAAGAAUUGACACUAAAAAGUCUAGUCCUGACCCGCAAGAAGCAGACGAUAUCAUAAAGGAAAUUUUAGAUUCUGAAGUAAAAUUAGCAUUAUUGACAGAAAAGAUUCACGAUGAAAAACUACUUCCCGAUGGAACAAUUUUAGAUGAUAGAAUUAAAGAAUUGGCAAAGUCGCCGUCUCCUGAACCAGAGUUAAGGGACAUUGAGUUUGCGAAAGAUGAAAAAUCGCCAUCACCAGCACCAUCAAUUAGUGAAGCAAAAGCAUUGCUAAACGGAAAGCCACUUUCUGGAUCGCCUUCACCGGUUCCACCUGUGGAUACAGUUGAAAAGUUGCUAUUAGAAGAUGUGCCUACUGAAGAUGACAUUAAAAAAGAAAUCAAAGAGACUUCCGAUACAGAAGUUAAGCAAGAUCACCAUGAUUUAAAGCUUUCUCAAGUUGAAGAAAAAGUAAUUACAAGCAUUGAAAAUUUUUCAAAGGAGAAAUCUGUAUCACCAGAAACCUUAUUAAAACAAUCGAUUCCGGUCAACGAAGAAGUAAAAAGCCCUGCUGUACAGGAAGUGAAAGAAGUGGAGAAAACAGAUGGCCCCGAGGCUGAAAAAGAGGCCGCAUAUAAGUCCAAAUCUCCAUCACCUCAACCAUCAUCACCAGGGACUACCUUAAUAGAUGUUGAGUCUGGAACGCCAGUUUCCAAACAAUCAGUCAGUGUAGAUGAGGAAAUGGAUACCCAACCCUCAACAUUGCCUUGUAGACAGACAGAGUUGGAAAAAGACGCUCCAUCUGAUCGCACUGAUACUGAUGCCACAGUGAUAGGAAAAUCGUCUCCAGAGCAAAUUGAUGUAAAUAAAUCUUCACUAUUGGAUGAGACAAGUGGAAAGUCAAAUGUGCCAAGUCCUACACUUUCACCAUCUCCAUCUGUCAAUGCAGAACCAAAGCCUUGUUCACCAGAAUUGAAAGAGGAGUCAAAGUCACCAUCUCUUCAGGAUGAGAAGUCUCCAUCACCAGUUCCAUCUCUUAAAGAGGAGCAAACGUCUCAAUCGCCUGCUCCAUCUCUUAAAGAAGAGACGAAAUCUCCCUCACCAUCUUCCAAAGCAGAUUCAAAGUCACCUUCACCAGCUCCACCCAUGAAAGACGAGCCAAUUUCUCCCUCAAAAGCACCACUACUUAUAGAAGAGGUAAGAUCUUCAUCAACAUCUCACAAAGAGGAGCCCAAGUCUCCUUCACCAGCUCCAUCUCUAAAGGAGGAGUUUCAUUCUCCCUCACCAGCUCCAUCCCUGAAAGAGGAUGUGCAAAAGUCUCCCUCACCAGCUCCAUCUCUGAAGGAGGAGGUUCAAAAGUCUCCCUCACCAGCUCCAUCAUUGAAGGACGAGUUGCUGAAGUCUCCUUCACCUACUCCAUCUUCAAAGGAGGAGGUGCAAAAGUCUCCCUCACCAGCUCCAUCUCUGAAGGAGGAGGUUCAAAAGUCUCCCUCACCAGCUCCAUCUCUGAAGGAAGAGGUGCCAAAGUCUCCCUCACCAGCUCCAUCUCUGAAGGAUGAGCUGCAAAAGUCUCCCUCACCAGCUCCAUCUCUGAAGGAGGAGGUGCAAAAGUCUCCUUCGCCAGCUCCAUCUCUGAAGGAGGAGGUUCAAAAGUCUCCCUCACCAGCUCCAUCAUUGAAGGAUGAGCUGCAAAAGUCUCCCUCACCAGCUCCAUCUCUGAAGGAGGAGGUGCAAAAGUCUCCUUCGCCAGCUCCAUCUCUGAAGGAGGAGGUGCAAAAGUCUCCUUCGCCAGCUCCAUCUCUGAAGGAUGAGCUGCAAAAAUCUCCCUCACCAACUCCAUCAUUGAAGGACGAGUUGCUGAAGUCUCCUUCACCUACUCCAUCUUCAAAGGAGGAGGUGCAAAAGUCUCCCUCACCAGCUUUAUCUCUGAAGGAGGUGCAAACGUCUCCCUCACCAGCUCCAUCUGAGAAGGAUGAGGUGCAAAAGUCUCCCUCACCAGCUCCAUCUCUGAAGGAGGAGGUGCCAAAGUCUCCCUCACCAGCUCCAUCUCUGAAGGAGGAGGUUCAAAAGUCUCCCUCACCAGCUCCAUCUCUGAAGGAUGAGCUGCAAAAGUCUCCCUCUCCAGCUCCAUCUCAGAAGGAGGAGAUGCAAAAAUCUCCCUCACCAGCUCCAUCUCUGAUGGAUGAGGUGCAAAAGUCUCCCUCACUAGCUCCAUCAUUGAAGGAGGAGAUGCAAAAGUCUACCAUGCCAGCUCCAUCCUCGAAGGAGGAGGUACAAAAGUCUCCAGUUCCAUCCUCAAAAGAGGAGGUGCAAAAGUCUCCCUCACCAACUCUAUCUCUCAAGGAGGAGCCAAAAUCUCCCUCACCAGCUCGAAUUUCGAAGGAGGAGAUGCAAAAGUCUCCCUCUCCAGCUUCAUCUCUGAAGGAAGAGGAGACAAAGUCUCCCUCACCAGCUCCAUCCUCGAAGGAGGAGGUGCCAAAGUCUCCUUCACCAGCUUCAUCUCUGAAGGAGGAGGAGGUGCAAAAGUCUCCCUCACCAGUUCCAUCCUCAAAAGAGGAGGUGCAGUCUCCCUCACCAGUUCCAUCCUCAAAAGAGGAGGUGCAAAAGUCUCCCUCACCAGUUUCAUCCUCAAAAGAGGAGGUGCAAAAGUCUCCCUCACCUGCUCCAUCACUAAAAGGCGAGGAGCAAAAAUCUCCUUCGCCAGUUCCGUCUUUAAAAGAAUCCCCCUCACCAAUUCCAGGCAAGGUUUCAAUUGAGUCAUUGGAACAAUAUAAAACUGAAGGUCAAGUAAAGGUAUCAGAUAAAUCGAUAGAAAUUCAAAAUCAAAGUAAAACCCCCGCCGCUUUGCAAAGCGCAGAAAAAACACCUUCGCCGUCUGAGGUAUCUGAUCCAAUCACAGCGAGUUACAUUGAAAUUAUUAAUAAAUUGCAAAAAGACUCGUCUGAAAGUGGAGUAUCUAAACCCACCAUUGCACAAAUUGAAGACCCUAUGACAAGGUCUACAUUAUUUGAUGAAGAAAUUGACUCUAACGAAGUACCUGAUUUUGCAUCAAGCUCAGUGGGGUCGGAUAACCUAGUGGGCCUUACAGAUCAAGAUAAAGCCACCAAAAAAAGUCACCACCGGCUCAUGUUGACGGCAAGCAGCGAGGACGGAGGGGGCGAAACUGAAUUUGACACCGCCCCAUUGCUUUUAAAAGAAAAGGAAGAAAAAUCUUCGACAGAUUCUAGCUUGCAAGAGAAAGCAGCAAUUUCACGUAGUCCUGUCCUUAGCACUGAGAAAACUGUCACAUCAACCGGGGUAACAGUGGACAAAUUCUCAGCACCAGAACCCACACAGGUAGAAAGGGAGAAUCAAAUUGAACUCGACCAUUCCACUAUCUUUGUGGCAGCGAAAGGCGAUAUUGACAGUGUUAUAAGCUCAAGUAAAAUUCAUGAAUCUGAUUCAUUUGGAAUUGCAGAACGCGUUUCAUCACCUGCAUAUGACAGUGAUCACGAUAAUGUUCCUCCAUCUCCUCACAGCGAUAUCAGUAGUGGUCAGAUGUCUCGAGAUCCUCAUGUUUGGGACGACAACAGGUCGUCGUCUCGUCAGAGCGAGAUAAGCGACAAAGACAUUGCCUCACCGCCGUUUACAUCAUCCAAGCUGAAAUUCGAAGUGGUACCAUCGUCUGUGAUGACAGGCUCCUUCUACGGAGGUUUGCCAGGAGACGAGGAUUUUGCGCCGACUGAAGCUGUAGCCAAAGACGUCAAAGACACAAAGAAUCAAAUUGCAAAGAUGGGUGAUAUCGCAGCCGCCACGGCAGGAGCUGUCGCAGAAACUUUGCCAGCAGCCGGCCCUUCAGUAGUCUCAGCGGUUAAACUGGACGAAAAGUCAGCUGCUGCUCAGAAGGACAAGGACCCAAUCGAAAGUUGGGGUAAACCACUUGGUCUCCCGUCUCCCGCGCCUCCCGCUACAAAUGACACAAUUGGGAGCCAGCACGGUACUCCCAAAAAAGAAAAGCCCAUUUCAGCAUCAAAGAGAGUCAUUGAUAGGUCAAAGGCGAAAUCUAACAAGGACGCGGUUGGCAAAAAUAAAAUUCCUACUAGCCCUAUGUACUUCGAUCUUACGUAUGUGCCGCACCAUGGAAACUCGAAUUACUCGCAAGUAGAGUUCUUCAAAAACGUGCGAGCCAGGUACUACGUUUUCAGCGGCAUCGAGCCGAGCAAGGAAGUUUACGACGCACUCUUGGAAGGGAAACAGUCGUGGGAUGAAAAAGACUUAGAAGUGACCAUCAUCCCAACGUACGACACAGAUACACUUGGCCAAUGGGUGGCCGAGAACGAAGAAAGCAUAGCCCUCAACAAGAUCGACCUUUCACCUUCAGCCAGUAGAUGCACCAUUAACCUUCAGGAUCAUGAGACGAGCUGUUCAGCUUACCGCCUUGAGUUUUAAUCGUAUGUUGCGCCACACUCGGGUCAAACUUAACCUUAGGGCAAGUCGUCACUACAUAUUAGUGUCCCCAUCACACUUUAAUGUUCGUAAGAUGCCUAACACAGUAAUAAUUCAUUCACAAAGUUUUUCAAAAAAGUAAAAUUGGAAUAAAGCACCUUGCUUUGUAAGGAAUUUCGAAAUCGAUAGAAAAAGCCUGCUGCCUAUAACGAGAGAAUAUUUGCGUUUAGUGCGGUGGAAGGGAUUAUUUUUCGAGAAUGCUG